AUGACGACGACACUUCUUCCGCGACGCAAGGUCAAUCAGCCAGGCUUAGAAUGGGAAGAAGACGUCUUCAGCAUCGAGCCUUGCUGGACCGAGGAGCCAUCGAUAGAGACCAUCGCCAGGCUGACACGUGAUAAUUUGAAACUAUCGGAAGCAGAACAGGUCACUGUAAAGGCUUUCGCUGAGGGAGCCUUCAACAAGCUUUUCUCCAUCGACUGUGCCAAAGGUCGCUUCAUCUUCCGCGUCAGUUUACCCGUCGCACCAGUCGUCAAAACCAGCAGCGAAGUCGCAACCUUGGCUUUCAUUCGCGAGGAAACGAAUAUCCCAGUACCGCAGGUCAUUGCACACGAUGCAGACCUUUCAAAUGAGCUUGGCUUCGAGUGGAUGCUGAUGGAGCGGGUGGAUGCAUGCCCUCUACACGAGGUCUGGCAUGGAAUGUCCUGGAUGAAGAAGGGCUUGUUAGUCAAGCAGAUCGCAGAGCAUGUUGCACAGCUGUUCAAUAUCGAGCUAUCUGGUAUUGGUAGUCUAGGUCCAGCUAACAAAUUUCUCGCCAAUGCAGAUGGACGAUCUACACAUACUAUCGACGAGAUCGUCCAACCUGCCUUCUUCAAAGGCGACAACAUCACCCUAGACAUCGCCCGCGGACCCUUCCAAAGCACCCACGAGUACCUCACCGCCCGUCUCCAACUCCUCGAGCAUUUCGCCAGCAAACUAGACCAAGAAGACGAAGACGACUUAGAACACUACUCGGACAUUCAAGCCGUGCUAUCAAGUCUCCGCACUAUCAUCCCCCGACUCUUCCCAGACGACAGCAGCUCGGCAGCAGAACCCACAAUCCUCUGCAACCGCGACAUGAGCACCUCCAACAUCCUCGUCAGCCCCCAAGGCGACCUCAUCUCAAUCGUAGACUGGGAAUGCGUCGCAACGCUCCCACCCUACUUCGCCGUCCAACUCCCCCAAUUCCUCAAGGGACCCUCGCGGACAACUCCUCCUGCAUUUACCAGCGACACCGCGUCUGAAGUACACAAAACAGAGCUAGAACUCUACGAAACGACUUGUCUGAGGAAGUUCUUUCUAGAGGAGAUGGCGAGAAUUUGUCCGGCUUGGUUGAGGGUCUUCGAGACGGGGAAGGUUCGGGCUGAUGUGCUUGUUGCGUUGGAUAAAUGUGAGAAUGAUAUGACGGUUAAGUGGGUGAGGGCGUGGUUGGAUGCUGUUGUUGAGGGGAGGGAGCCGAGGGUUAGUUUGACGGAUGCGUGUCGGAAUCCGUUGGGUGCGGCGUAG